AUAUAUAUAUAUAUAUUUUUGAUAAUCUUUGCAGUUUGGGUUUCCAUCGUACCAUUGGGAAGGGGGAACGCAGUGCGAUCUGAUUCUGCGUUUGGGCUUAAAUUAAGCAUCUGUGUAUUUGCAUAUAAUAUAUAUGUCUGAGCUUUUCAGCUUGAUCGUUUGGUGCUUUGCUUUUUUGUGAGGAAGACUAAAGGGUAGCGGUGCUGGUGGGUGGGUAUGAACAGUACGUCUAUGGUGGCCGCGUCGGUGGCAGGGAUGAGAUCGUCGUCGGCGUCGCCGUUCACGGUGUCGCAGUGGCAGGAGUUGGAGCAUCAAGCUCUGAUCUUUAAAUAUCUGAUGGCUGGAUUGCCUGUCCCACCUGAUCUCGUACUUCUCAUUCAGAAGAGCUUCGACUAUAUAUCUGCUACUACCUUCUUCCACCAACCCACCAUGGGUUAUUGUUCCUUGUAUGGGAAGAAGGUGGACCCAGAGCCCGGGAGAUGCAGGAGGACUGAUGGAAAGAAGUGGAGGUGCUCCAAAGAUGCAUACCCGGACUCCAAGUACUGUGAGCGCCAUAUGCACCGUGGUCGCAACCGUUCAAGAAAGCCUGUGGAAUCCCAAACUGUCUCACAGUCAUCGUCAUUAUCGUCCACCACCUUGACAUCUCUGACUGUUGCCCCGGCCGGAAGAAGCAACACUGGCAGUGGUGGAGCUGGAAGCUUCCAAAACCUUCCCUUGCUGCACUCCUUUGGUAACACUCAGGCCCCAGCAGCUGGUUCUGGUGGAAGUAACCAAUCCCAGCUCCACCUCGAAUCCAUUCCAUAUGGGAUUCCUCGCAAAGAUUACAGGUAUGUUCAUGGACUUAAACCUGAUGUGGGUGAGCAUAGUUUCUUCUCUGAAGCUUCAGGAAGCAAUAGGGAUCUCCAAAUGGAUUCACCACCGGUAGCUGUAGACAACACAUGGCCACUAAUGCCAUCUCGAGUGUCCCUAUUUCCCACAUCGAAAGCAAGUGACAACUCCAUGAUGCAUCAGAAUCAUUAUCCUCCACCUCAUCCUCGACAUUCAUUUUUCAGCAGCAAUGACUUUGGCACGGGAGGAGAACAUGUCAAAGAGGAGGGUGUUCAUACUCAAUUCCUUCGACCUUUCUUUGAUGAGUGGCCAAGGACGACAAGGGAUACUUGGUCUGGUCUUGAAGAUGAGAGAUCAAACCAGACCUCAUUCUCCACCACUCAACUCUCAAUUUCGAUCCCAAUGGCUUCUUCAUCUGACUUCUCCACCACAAGUUCUCAGUCUCCGCAUGAUAGUUGAAAGAAGAAUGUUUUUAUUUUUUUGUUCCCAAGGAUGGAUGGAUGGAUGGAUACCACCAUU